CGUCACUUUCUAGUAUAGUGUGACAUUGUUAUAAUCCUCUUCAGAACAUGGAGAGAAACCAGCGAAGAUUUAAUUUCCCGUGAUAUCCCGUGAUUUUACAAGUAUUAUAGAUACCAAUGGUCUAUCAAACGGGAGCCCAGUCCGAGACGCGCAGCGUCAAGUCGGGGACUCCCGAUAUCCAUGUACCGAUGUUCGAUGCGAGUGCCUGGAAGAUACGCAGCAUCUGGGAUGGCGUGAAGUUGGAGGUCGCUGGGGACGCGAGUCCCGUAGUGCUGCACAGCUUUACCCAACUGGAUCCAGACCUUCCUCUGCUGGAGAAUGCGACCCAAGAGAUUGGUGAGGAGGUGGAGGAUGGAGCUGUGUUUACCAUCACCCUGAGAAAGGUGCAGAUGCACCAGGCGGCCAGUAAGGGGCAGCGGUGGUUGGGGGUGGAGACAGACUCCGCCCUGAGUCUGUAUGAGACGUGUAAGGUGCGCACCAUCAAGGCAGGCACAUUGGAGAAGCUGGUGGAAUACAUGGUGUCAGCAUUCAGAGGCAAUGACUCCACCUAUGUCACCAUCUUCCUCUGCACCUACCGGUCUUUCACGACCACCAAACAAGUGCUGGACUUGCUACUCAACAGGUAUGCUAAACUCCAGCAUCUCCCUGGUUCAGAGGGACACAGGUUGACCCAGGAUGAUCGCAUAGAACUCAGGAACACUAUUUCCUCCAUAUUGGGGGCAUGGCUUGACCAGUACUCGGAAGACUUCUGGAAGCCUCCGGAAUACAGCUGUCUGCGUAGGCUGAUCUCCUACCUGCACCUGAACUUCCCUGGAUCCGACCUAGAACGUAGAGCCUGUAACCUGCUUGCCCAGUUCCACCGGCGCCAGCAUCAGGAACCUGAGCAGGAUGCGCUGGACCACGGUGCCUGCACCUUUACCUUACUGGAGGAGAACGGUUACGAAGAUGAAAGGCCUGAUUUUUUGUCCUUUGACCCGAUGGUGGUAGCAGAACAGUUCACUCUUAUGGACGCGGAGUUGUUUAAGAAGGUUGUGCCAUACCACUGUCUGGGGAGUAUCUGGUCUCAGAGGGAUAAGAAGGGCAAGGAGCACUUGGCACCGACCAUCAGAGCCACCGUCACUCAGUUUAACUGUGUCACCAACUGUGUCAUUGCCACCUGCCUGAGCGACCGCUCUCUGAAGCCCACACAGCGUGCCAAGGUGGUAGAGCGCUGGAUUGAAGUGGCCAGGGAGUGUCGGAUCCUGAAGAACUUCUCUUCGCUGAGGGCCAUCCUCUCAGCGCUUCAGUGUAACCCUGUUCACAGACUCAAGAGGACCUGGGAUGAGGUGUCCAGGGAGAACUUCCGCAUCUUUCAGGAGCUGUCAGAGAUCUUCUCCGAUGAGAACAAUCACUCCCUCAGUAGAGAGCUGUUGAUAAAGGAGGGGACCUCCAAAUUUGCCACCCUGGAGAUAAACCCAAAACGAGCCCAGAAAAGACAUCAGCAGCAGCAAAGAGACCUGAGCGUGAUGCAGGGGACCAUUCCAUACUUGGGAACCUUCCUGACUGACCUGGUCAUGAUGGACACUGCCAUGAAGGACUAUCUGGACGGAGGUCUCAUCAACUUUGAGAAGAGGAGGAAGGAGUUUGAGGUGAUUGCUCAGAUUAAGCUUCUCCAGUUGGCCUGCAACAACUACAACUUCACGAGGAACACGCGCUUUAGAGAAUGGUUCAGCGGAGUGGAGAAGCUGACGGAGGCUGAGAGUUACAGUCUGUCAUGUGAGAUUGAGCCUCUGUCAGAAUCGGCCUCAAACACACUGAAGGCCAAGAAAAACACAGGGAUCAUCAAACGCUGGAGCGAUCGGCAGCCAGUGAGCUCAGAGGCCAGCGGUAGCAGCGGGGGGAGUUCCCACUCCAAGUCUUUUGACCAGCUACGCUACGCUCCUUGCCUGGGGGGCUCGGCGGGGAGUGGAGGAGGUGACGGGGGCGACUCCCUCAGUGUGACCUCAGCUGGCUCCAGCAGCUCAGACGUGGAGGAAAUCAACUUCAGCUUCAUCUCCGACUCUCCCGACGCCCACGAGAAGAAGUUCUGGGAAUCCACAUCGCUGUCGUCGCUGGAUGCCUCAGGGCUGGGUUCAGGCUCUGGCUCUAGCAGUGCCUCCUCCUCCUCAGUGUCCUCCACCCCUGUCACAGCCUCUCGCUCCCACAAACGCUCUGUGUCUGGAGUGUCCAGCUACUCCUCCCUCUCACUGCCUCUCUACAACCAGCAGGUGGACGACUGCUGUAUCAUUAGAGUCAGCCUUGAUGUAGACAAUGGCAACAUGUACAAGAGCAUACUGGUGACAAGUCAGGACAAGACUCCAGCGGUCAUCAGGAAAGCCAUGGUCAAACAUAACCUGGACCGCGAGAGACCAGAGGACUACGAGCUCGUGCAGAAGAUUAGUGAGGAGAAAGAGCUGAAGAUCCCUGAUAAUGCCAACGUCUUCUAUGCCAUGAACUCCUCGGCCAACUAUGACUUUGUGCUAAAGAAACGUGGUUUCCCCCGGGCGGGCCGGACCAAGCACGUGGCCAGCUCCACGUUGCCUCGGAUGAAACAGAAAGGCCUGAAAAUUGCCAAGGGCAUUUUCUGA